GAGCUAUUAGCAUUUUCUCUCUCGGUACUAACUCCAUGAAACAUCAUGGUGAAAAUGUAACCAAUCAAAGUCAUUUAAAUCUGCUUCAUUUAAAGUAUAUAUAUAUAUAUAUAUAUUGUUGAAAAUUUUCUCUCCCCUACUUUUUUGAACUUAUUGAAUGGCCAUAUUAUUAAAAUUUAACAUAGCCAGGAAAUUACCCCAGUUGGCUAGAGAAAGUUCUUACAUUCAGUCUAGAAACAUUUACCUCUCGAAACAAGACGUUGCUACUGCUCUGAGACCUUUCUAUUUUGCAGUUCAUCCAGAUCUAUUUUAUCAGUAUCCCAAACAGAAGGAAAUAAAUGAAAAUUCUUUGAAACAGUUGAAUUUUUAUUUGGAAACUGUCCUCAAGAACUUACCAACAAAUCCAAUAUCACUGACCUUUUGUUUGCGAAGUGGAUCUAGAAAAGUAAAUGAUGAUGAAUCUUUUCAGCAUGUAAACAUACAACUACUUGGGAAAGAUUUGCAUCGUGUUUUGCAUAAUAUUUUAUCUACUUGCCAUUUACCCACCGAAGACUUAGAUGCAUUGCUGAAAAAGAAACCUAAAAGAAAACCUGUCAAGAAACCAUCUGAAUUCACAGCAAAGAGAAAAUCUGAUGUAUUUCAUUCUAGCUGGUGGAAUGAGGCGCAAAAAGCUGCUGAAGACAUUGAACAAAGAAUUAGAAACGAGCCUGAUAUUGAUUUGAGGUUCUUUUUAAAUGAAAAUGUUGAGGAAGCUUUACGUAGAUUAAGAAAAGGCCAGCCUUUGAGAGAUGAAACUGAAAGAUUAUCCAAGGAAUUAAUAAAUACUUUAAAACUUAAAGAUGUGUUAUGGAACUGUGGUUGGGGUAUAACGCAUUUUAGAGGAUGUUUACAAAGUUUUCGUGGAUUGACGAUUCAGCAUCCAGCAGGAAUGUCUGUCCUCACUGGUCGAACAAUUGUUUUUGGGCGUCAAACUGGAGUUAGUUUUGAAGGUCAUAUUAUACUGAGCAGUGAAGAUGUUCGAACAAAUUGGUUGGAUAUGAUCAAUUCAGUUUAUCAGUAUGAUGAUUUACUCAAAGAAAUACCUACUGUUGAGAAAAAUCUUUCUGAAGUGUUGCGGGGCAUCAAUGUUGAUCAUCGGAAAUUUCAACCCACAGUUAUGGUGCAGAAAUAUAUACAGCAACUAAAUAAAUUAACAUCAGCUUUGUAUAAGUAUAGAUGGGUUCACGGUUAUCCAUCUGUAUGGCCUCGACGACUUGAGAAAUUUCAAAUUGUAGUAGAAUGUGAAGCUGGCCCAUUAAUGUUAUCUCCAACUGGACAGUUUAUAGUACCAGCUUCUUGCCCAGCUUUUUUAUUAGUGGACUUCAUUACAAGUAAUUUAGAAGCAGCAAGUAGUCUUCUGGAACAAUAUGAUAAAAUGAAAACCAAAGAACGGCAAAUGCACAUGAAAUGCAUGUCUGAAUUUGGACUUGGUGCCUUAGAAAAAGAUGACAAUAUAACUCCUAAUCUUAUGAUUCAGUGUUGUGAGAGAAUGCUUGAAAAUUCUUCUAUAUUUAAAUACAAUUUGCGUGAUAUUCGGUUACACAUUUCUCAUUAUUACUCAGUGUUACAAGAUGGAGAGAUAUGCAUACCUUGGAACUGGAAAUGUUUUAAUUGAUAUGUUUUAGGAUCUUAGAAAUUUAUCAAUUAUUUUAGUCGGUUUCUGAUUUUUAAAAAUGUAUCGGCUGUAUUCGAUAAAAAAAAAGAGUUAUAUUUGUAAAUUAUAGAACUAUAAAUGCAACCUAGCAUAACUUUUAAUGUGAAUAUAUUGUAAAUACUCUAAUAUUUUUAUUCAAACCAUUCUCUUGUA